AUGAAUAAAUACUUUAGAUACACUUACAUACUUUUAAUAAUCAUCUUAAUUGGAUUCGUAAAUUCUGGCGAUAACCCCGCGGGUAAAAAAGGUGAAUCUGUUGGAUAUGGAUAUGGUGCUACACCUGUAGAUACAGAAGAAGAUGAUGAAAUUAAUUUUGAUCUAGUUGUAAGGGAAUUAGAAUCAUUAGUAACUGAAGAUGAUCAUGAAACAGCUGGUGAUACUGUAAUUUCUGAUAAUAUUUUGCAACAUGGACUUGGGCAUAUUAUUUGUAAUGAAUACACAUCACAACAACCACCACAAACUCCUCAACAACCACAUCAAGGAUACCAACUGACUCCAACACAAUUUCCACCUCAUCCACAGUAUCAUCCACCAUAUUAUACUGGACCACCUAGUCAACCAGCUUAUCAAGGAUAUGGACCAACACAACCAUAUCCACCCGCUCCUUAUGAACAGUAUCCACAACCCAGUCAACAACCUAUAGAACAACCUAUAGAACCUCAACCAGUACCACAAGAUCAGCCUGUAAUACAGUAUUAUCCUUUACCACAACAACCACAGCCAAUAUCUCAACCACCUCAACCUGAAGAACUUCUUGAUUUAUCAAAAAAACCAAUACUUCCACUACGACCUGCUCAACAACCACAACCUGAAGAACCUCUUGAUUUAUCAAAAAAAACAACACAGACUACUCAACAUAUACAACAACCUUCAACAGAUCAAUCUGAACAACCUACUCCACUUCAGCCGCCUCAACAACCGUAUUAUGGUCCUUAUCAACCAGGUGAUCAACAACAGGAUCAACCAUUACCUAGUCAACCUUCAAAUCUUGGACCUGGUAUAUUAGGUCCAGCUCCAGGACCAUUAAGAGAACCUUCAGAAAUAAUUAAAGAAUAUGAUCAAUUAGCAGAUAAAUUAAUUGCUGCUGCAAAAGAUAAAGAAACAAAACAACAACCUACUAAAGAACCUCAACAGGAACCAUCAACACAACAUGCUCAAGAACCUACUGGCUUACAUCCAGAAACCAUUACAGUAGAAGUUGGAUCAGAUGAAGAAGAAGAACCUCCAAAGGAACCUCCUGGACCACCAAAAAAACCUGGAGAUGGAGAUAAACCUGAAGAAGGAGAUGAUGAUGGAGAUGAUGAUGAUGAAGAUAAAUAUGAUAAGAAAAAACCAUUUAAGGAAAACAAAAAAAGAUGUCAAUCAAUUAAGUUUUAUAAAAAAGAUAAAAAUGGAUUACCAGUAGAAUUUAAUCUUUUUGACUAUGAUAUUCAAUGGAAUGAUAUAUUUUUGACCAUCUAUAAUUUUUUGAUAUCACCUUUUAUAAUAGAGUGUGACGGUAUGGUUGUUUGGGAACGUACAAAUAAAAAUUUUAAACCGAAAUCAAUGACGUAUAAUAAAAAGCAUAACACAUUUGUUAUUAGAGUUAGAUGUCAUUUUCUUUUACAAAAGUUAGUUAAUGGUAAAUGGCAAGAGUAUAUAUUUGAUAUUCCUAAAUAUGUUAAUUUAUAUAGAGAAGAUACGGAAGGUAAUAUAGUUUUAAUGAAUGAAUUUGAUUAUGAUCUUAAUCUUACUCCACGUGGACAUUUUAAAUAUAAUGUUGAUGGUUUGAAAUGUUGUAGAAUUGAAUAUAGAAAUAAAGGCGUUCUUUGGGAGAAAACCCCUGGUGAUAAUUACCCUUUGAUAAUAUGUUUGGCAGAACGAAUGGGAGUUUUAAUAUAUUUUGAAGGUAAGACACAAAUAUAUGGAAGAAGAAAAGGUGUAUUUAAAUUAUUAAUAACUAAAAAAAAUAGAAGAAUCUCACGCUUAAAAUAA